AGCAGUGUUCAAGAUGACGACUUCAUGGAGUGACCGUCUGCAGAACUAUGCCGACCUGCCAGCCAACAUAGACGGCUUGGCCAUGAAGAAGUAUCGACGAGAAGCUCACCAAAGCUUUCCAAGGGAUCUGGCCCAAAAACAUCCUGCAACAAGAGUCUUUGUCAACCGAAGCUUGGCCAUGGAGAAGAUCAAGUGUUUUGGUUUUGAUAUGGAUUACACUCUGGCGGUGUAUAAAUCCCCUGAGUAUGAGUCGCUGGGCUUCGACUUGACGGUGGAGCGCCUGGUGUCCAUUGGAUAUCCACAGGAGCUGCUCAACUUUGUCUACGACCCCUCCUUCCCCACCAGAGGUCUGGUGUUUGAUGCGAUGUAUGGCAACCUGCUCAAAGUGGAUGCAUACGGGAACAUCCUGGUGUGUGUACAUGGAUUCAACUUCUUGAGGGGACCUGACAUCAGAGAGCUGUACCCCAACAAGUUUAUUCAGCGUGGAGACACAGACCGCUUCUACAUCCUCAACACACUCUUCAACCUACCUGAAACCUACCUGUUUGCUUGCCUGGUUGAUUUCUUCAGUAACUGCUCCAGAUACACAAGUUGUGACGCUGGCUUCAAAGAUGGCGACCUUUUCAUGUCCUAUAAGAGCAUGUUCCAGGAUGUCCGAGACAGCGUGGACUGGGUUCAUUUAAAGGGGUCCUUAAAAGAAAAAACCGUUGAAAACCUGGAGAAGUAUGUGGUAAAAGAUCCGAAGCUCCCUCUUCUCCUCAGUCGCAUGAACGAAGUAGCCAAAGUGUUUCUGGCCACUAACAGUGACUACAAAUACACAGAGAAAAUUAUGACCUACCUGUUUGACUUUGGCCACGGCCCAAAGCCGAACACACCUCACCGGCCCUGGAAGUCCUACUUUGACCUGAUCCUGGUAGACGCCCGCAAGCCUGUGUUCUUCGGAGAGGGAACAGUGCUGCGGCAGGUUGACACUACCACAGGUCGGCUGAAGAUCGGCACAUACACUGGACCUCUGCAGCAUGGCAUUGUUUACUCAGGAGGUUCUUCAGACAUUGUGUGUGACUUGCUGGGUGCUAAAGGAAAGGACAUCAUCUACAUUGGAGACCACAUUUUUGGUGACAUCCUCAAAUCCAAGAAGCGCCAGGGCUGGAGGACUUUCUUGGUGAUACCUGAGCUGGCCCAGGAGUUGCACGUGUGGACUGACAAGAGCUCCAUAUUUGAGGAACUUCAGUCGCUGGACUGCUUCCUAGCUGAGCUUUACAAGCACCUGGACAGCAGCAGCAAUGAGAGGCCUGACAUCAGCUCACUGCAGAGACGGAUUAAGAAAGUGACCCACGACAUGGACAUGUGCUACGGCAUGACGGGCAGUCUGUUCCGCAGUGGAUCCCGGCAGACGCUGUUUGCCUCCCAGGUGAUGCGCUACGCUGACCUGUACGCCGCCUCCUUCAUCAACCUGCUCUACUACCCCUUCAGCUAUCUGUUCAGAGCUGCACAUGUGCAGAUGCCACACGAGUCAACGGUGGAGCACGCCCAAGUCCGCAUCAUUGACACCGAGUCGCCGCUGGCAACACGAAACCGCCACGACGUCGACCUCGAGAUGGAGUGCAAACGGCACCAGCUGACUCGAUCCGUCAGCGAGAUCCAGCCCCCCCACUUCUUCCCUCAUGCUCCGCAGGAGAUCACUCACUGCCAUGAUGAAGAUGACGAUGAGGAGGAGGAGGAGGAGGAGGAGGAGUAGAGGGGGUCACAUCCAAUACGUCCUGUUUCCCUGAGUCUGGUCUCCAGACACACGUGACUGACUACCAUACCCAGGACAGGAGUUUUGGAUUUCUGCAAGAAACACACGCUGCAGGCAGUUGGUGGCUGCGAUAAAACAAAGAAAGAAAAGAGAGGUUUGGGGCGGGGGGGACACGAAAUAGCCUGUUUCCACAUUUCAUUACUAAAGGUGACCCCUCCUCCCCUUUGUUACCCCAUAGGCCGGGGAUUGGGCUCUCAUUGGCUGUAGCUCCAACAGCUCCAGACUUUGAGCCUGCUAGAUAUCUGGGAUGUGGCAGCGGGGCACCAGCAGGCCUCUCGCCUCGCAUUUCUGAAUCACACAGCUGCUGAAUCAUCAAAAUGUAACUGGAAGUUGUGUAUUAACCCCAGCUGCUGAAACUAAAAGCCAAUCAUAAAACGGUUCUACUCCAUAAGAGUAUAUGUUCAUAAUGCCUUCUAACGGUGAGGUAGAUAUCACAUGAUACCAGCUUAGAGAAACUUCACCUACUUAUUUACCCAGUAAUUAUUCUUUUUACUGUGUUGUAAAAUAGGACUACAAUUCCCUAAGCUCACCCUGAGGUCCUUACUUUUAUUUAAGUCUGCAUUAAUGUUUUACGUAAUGCAGAUAUUACACCCUGCACCACAGUUACAGCCUUAUUCAUCUCACUUUGAGUUGAUACAAUAAGUGUAAAUGAGAAUUAUUGUUAUUUUAAAAAUGAAUGUUGAGUUUAUUUUCAUGGUCACAGGUGAAAGGAAUGGAAGCCCAUGUCUGCCAGGCGACAAUCACAAUACUGGCAGGUUCAAAUUAUAAUAUGACAGGUCAAUGUUUUCGACUUUAUGAGACCUUAAGACCUAAUUAAAGAGAAGUCAAAGCUUUGACUUGAUCCGAUUGACUAGACAAAAUUUGCAUAUUAGAAAGUCACAAUUUUGACAACUCAUAAUUUAGGAUUUCAGUUUUGUGAACAGUUAAAAUAUUAACCAAGUCAAAUUUGAGAUACAAAUGUGUAGCUGAGUGAGAUUUGUCCAAAUUUUGACUCACAGAUUUUUGACUUAGUACCUCCCGAUUAUUAUUCCACAUGAUAACUAACUCGCUGUGGUAAUGUAGAUUUCCGGUGAGUGUUUGUGUUUUUGUCAUUGGCAGUAAUGGUCUUCCAUACGAGGCGGACCCACUGCUCUGUCUGCUGUAAACAUGCUGUUACUGUGUUGUACUGUAACAUGACGAGGGUACAAUAAUGUAUUUUGAAGCUGAGAGUAUUAUUUCAUGUUUUUGUUAUUUUUAAAGAUUUAACAGGAAGAGCUGUUUCUCAGCAAAAAACAGUCUGAUCUGCUGUUGUGAUCACAAAGUAUUGAUCCUCAGAUGAGGUGGACCGUGGCCUCAUCUCUCUCUCUCUCUCUCUCUCUCUCUCUCUCUCUCUCUCUCUCUCUCUCUCUCUCCCUCUGUGUGUCUGUCUCAUCCGUUUUGGACUGAAGAGACAGAUAUUGACUUUGACAUUGUAAACGUCCUGUUUGACCCUUUUCAGCCUCGGGUUGCACCUUGGGGUGCUUAUCUAGUUGUUUCAGAUUUCAGAGCCAGCAGCACCAAUGAUAUUAAUAUUUCACUGUGUCAUAUUAUUAUAGAAGUCAUUUCAGAACUGUUGCGCAUGCCUGUGUUUGCUGUCUGCUUUGAAGCCUAACCUACACUGUAAUAAUCAGACGUACUGAAAUGCAAAGUGAACUAAAUGAAUAUUGUUUUUCAUUUUUGUACCAGCAGAAGUUAAUGCAUGGGUUGAAUUCCAUUUUUAUUUUCUUGUUUUAAUUGAAAAGUUGUCUUUGUUGUAAUGAAUGUUGAAAGCAGCGAUUGUGCAGUGGAGAUGGUUUAAGUCAUGACUGAUGUUUGUAAUACAUUUUUUGAUCUGAUAUUGUA